AUGCCUAUUCAUGAUAUGACCCCAGAUGUAAAGUAUAUGUCUCAGCCCGUCCUCGAACAACCCUACGCCGUAUCACAAGCGCAGCAACCUCAACCGCAACUCCUUCUUGAUGGCUUUGGCGGUGACGACCACGUCAGUCCUACACAAGUUCUCGACGAAGCCGCAAUCGAAAAUGAAGAUGACGAUUACUGGGACGUCCAGUCAGACGAAGACAUGUUUGAUGCGGAGACCGCGGAGGACGAGAAGGCUUUACUUGCGACCAAAGAAUUCGACACCAUCCGUCGCAUACACUUUGAGAACUACAACGAGCUGGGGAUAAGGCGGUAUGAUGCAUUUCUAUAUGAUGGAUUACUAUCGGACUAUAGACCAGAAUAUGCAGCAAGUCCUCUACGCAAUCCCAAGACUGCGAGGGUUUUUGCACACUACAUUCAUGUGACCGGACCAACGUUGUCAAUGUACGAACGAAACCCUCGAAAUCCUACCCUCAUCUUCGAAGGUUCUACACGACCCGCUCAGCAGGGUCUUUGGACAUACACACUGCCUAUGAAGGCUCUCAAUCAUCAGGGAUUGUUGCACGCCAUGCUAGCGCUCGCGAGUUUGCACAUUGCAAGAUUGCAAGGCGCCUCCAUAACACCAUCGUACAAACAUUAUGCAUACUCCUUGAAACGACUCGUCCGUUCUCUCAGCAAUCCUAAGAAACGUUUAUCGACCCUUACGUUAGCCACCUCCUUGCUUUUGGCGUUCUACGAAGUUUGGACGGCAGAGCAUGUCAAAUGGGGUACACAUCUUAUCGGGGCCCAGCGCCUCAUCACUGAACUCGACUUCCGAUCACUAACGCGCGAGGCGAGGCGUAUGCGAGCGGCUCAGACUGCCAUGGAACGAAGUUUCCCAUACCAAAACCCUGAGAUGCUCAUCGAUCAGAGGCAGUUUGAUCAGAGACUCAAAGACAGCGCUUUGAUGCCAGAUCAGAGUCUUGUGAGCACGAUUGUUGGCAACAGUGUCAACUAUGACGAUUUCGGAAUGGUCUUCGAAGAUAACGGCGCAAGGCACGACACAAGGCCUAAGAUACCUGCGAAAUUGGAUCUGCAAAGCUACGAGACACUACAGGAUAUAUAUUGGUCAUAUGCUAGACACGAUGCUUAUCAAAGCAUCGUCAGUGGCAAUCGCCUCAUUAAUCCUUAUCGUAAAUGGUCAGAUUGCCCUCCAAGAGCCCCGCUUGGCCGAACCGAUGCUCUCUAUGGCUCUCAUGACCAUAUUAUCCUUCUUUUAGGUCGCAUCGCAGACUUCACUGUUAGGGACCGUAGUCGCAAACUCCGACAAAUAGAAGCUGACGGUGGAUGGCGACCUCGCCCUGGUAUGCCUGGUUUUGGGAACAUGGGACCGCCCCCAGGCGGUUCACAUGGUCAGCAGCAGAUGCCCACGAGCUCUACAGGUCCCCCACCUCAAAUGCAAGGCCCACCACCAGGAUGGAAGGGACCACCGCCUCCAGGCUGGACAGGCCAGGCUCCAUCGCAACCUCCCCCGGGUUUUGGACCGCCGUCUAUGUCGGCUGCAAACCCACCCCAGGGUGGUCCACCUAGACCACCAGCUAUGCCCAGCUUCUAUGGAAUGGCGCCAUCAGCAGGACCAGGACCUAUUCUUUCCAGUUACGAAAACCCUAAUUAUGAACGCUCACCACAGACACCAAACGCGCCCCACCCUCAACAUAGUGAUCUGCCUGCUGAAUAUGAGAAGGCUAUUUUGGAAUGGGAAAGUAUUACCAAUGCACAUACUGCAGUUGUGCGUGUCUUGGAACAGACUGAUGCCUUCGCACCAUUGCCAGAAGACACCUACCCACCAGCGCCAGGAGAAUAUCCUAGUCAACAAGGAAACAUGACACCCUUUGGCCCAGCUAUUCUACAUAGAAGCUACGACAUAUCCAUUCUAUGGACAAUAAUCCACCUCUCCAAGAUCAUCCUUCUACGAUCUCACCCGGGUAUGCCACCCGCUGCUCAAAUGGCGGCUGGUGUAUGCGCAUCCGCCACAGCCCCAUACUGCAUGCUCAUCGGCCGCAUAUGUGCUGGUUUCCAGAUGCCCAUCGAUUCGGACCUCUCUCCCUUCCUUGGCGCAGUCUUGACAGAAUCUACUUUAUCGCUUUUCUUCGCUGGCAUUACAUUUCAGGAUCCGCGACAACGUGAGUGGCUCAUCACCAGGUUAUUAGAAACGGAUAAGAGGACAGGUUGGGCUAGUGCAGGGAUCAUCGCAAAAGGGUGUGAGACAGCCUGGGAAAAGGCUGCAGAGAUGGGAAGAGGGCCGCCGUACAAGAGGAGGACGAAACGGGUUCAAGCAGUCAGCGUUGACAUGGAAGAAGAGGAGACCGAUGGAAGGAAUAGGGAGCAAGGAAGAGUACAAGAAAUACACGGAGAGACAAGAUAUGUGGUGAAGAAGCGGCCACCGCCAUGGGCUAUGAAUUUGUUAGGCACCGAGGAGGAUCUCCGAGCUGGGAUGGAGAGAUUUGGUUUGUAA